UUUUCGCCGCUCUUCCCCGAGAGAUGAGAGGUGUGUUUAGACAACUUUCUCCACGUGACACGGACCGAAGAGGACAAACCAUCCGGUUACACUGCGGCAUCCUUUUCCGAUCCAUUAAUCAAUUUAAGGUCUCGCCGUCAGUUAAGUUUGAUAAGAAAAAAAUAUAAGAUCACGGUUUGUCAAUAGGUGUUUUUGCUUCGGCGCCUUGCUCGUUCGCUUGGGGGAAAAGUAAAAACAAAAAUGGAGUCAAGUUUCAACGUUAAAAUGAAAGACACACUCAAAGUAACCGGUUCAAGCGUUUAAUUUCUUUUCUUUUAAAAAAAAAAACCCUUUUUGCGGCGAUGGGCUCCGUUACUUCUGCUCUGACGCGGACGAGGAACGCGCUGGUGAAAGUGGGCUCGGAGCCGGAGACACAGGACCCGGAGAGGAGCCGCUCCGCUCCGGGGACGGACCGAACCAGGAAGAGGAGCGCGCGGCUGAACGUCUCGUGCCAAACCGGGCGGCCGAGUUCCCGCCCGUCGCUGUCCGACGUGCUGAGCGGACGAGACUCCGACGCCAAGAGAAACACGAAGCGCGAAGGUCAACCGAGCGUGGCAAACGAAGAUGGGGAGAGCUCCAGCAGACCACAGGCAAACUUUUCACGCUCAAAGUCCCAGAGUGCUUUGUGGAACGCCAUCACGGCGGGGAUGGGCAUCAAAGGCAAAGAGGAGAAGCCCCCACUAUUUGACCUGCGGAGCCCUGAGGAGAUUCUGGCCGACGAUCUUCCGGCCGCAGAUCAACCGGAUGCCACAGAGAAAACGGCCAUCAGAUUACGAUGUCUGGUGAAGCAACUGGAGAGAGGAGAGGCUUCCCUCACGGACCUCAAGAAGAACCUCGAGUAUGCAGCGCUGGUGCUAGAGUCUGUUUAUAUCGAGGAGACGAGGCGCUUGGUGGACACGGAGGAUGAGCUCAGUGACAUCCAGUCGGAGUCGGUGCCCUCGGAGGUGAGGGACUGGCUGGCCUCAACCUUCACCCGCCAGAUGGGCCUGAUGCUGCGGCGCAACGAAGAGAAACCUCGCUUCCGCAGCAUCGUCCACGCCGUCCAGGCUGGCAUAUUUGUUGAGAGGAUGUACCGACGCACCUCCAACAUGGUGGGACUCAGCUACCCGCCUUCUGUCAUAUCUGUGCUGAAGCAUGUUGACAAGUGGUCGUUUGACGUGUUCGCUCUGAACGAGGCCAGCGGGGACCACGCGCUUAAAUUCAUAUUCUACGAGCUGCUAACAAGAUACGACCUCAUCAGCCGGUUCAAGAUCCCCAUCUCUGCGGUGGUGUCCUUCGUGGAGGCCUUAGAAGUAGGAUACAGCAAACACAAAAACCCCUACCACAACCUGAUGCACGCUGCCGACGUCACACAGACGGUGCACUACUUGCUGCUCAAGACCGGCAUGGUGCAUUGGUUGACUGAGCUCGAGAUCUUUGCCAUGAUCUUUGCGGCUGCGGUGCACGACUACGAGCACACGGGAACCACAAACAACUUCCACAUUCAGACACGGUCCGACACGGCUAUACUUUACAAUGACCGCUCGGUGUUGGGUCACCACGUCAGCGCGGCAUACCGCCUGCUGCAGGAGGACGACGAGAUGAACAUCCUCUACAACCUCUCCAAGGACGACUGGAGAGAGCUGCGGGCUCUGGUGGUGGAGAUGGUGCUGGCCACAGAUAUGUCCUGCCACUUCCAGCAAGUCAAGACCAUGAAGAACUUCCUUCAACAACCCGAGGGCAUUGACAAGCCCAAAGCCCUGUCCCUGCUCCUGCACACGGCAGACAUCAGCCACCCGGCCAAAAGUUGGAACCUCCACCACCGCUGGACCACCUCCCUCCUAGAGGAGUUCUUCAGACAGGGGGAUAAAGAAUCCGAGCUGGGACUGCCGUUCUCUCCGCUCUGCGACCGAAAGUCCACAAUGGUGGCGCAAUCCCAGAUUGGCUUCAUCGACUUCAUCGUGGUGCCCACCUUCACUGUGUUGACGGACAUGAUGGAAAGUAUCGUCAAACCGCUCAUCGACGAGGCCUCGCAUGCAGGUUUUUCCGGCUUCAGACGCUCCAGUCUGAACAGUAUUAGCUCAGAGGAGGCCAAGAGGCACAGCGUGAAGAGCUCUGACAGCAGCUCGUCGGGACACAGCUCCCUGCUGACGGUGGACCUGAAGAACUUCAAGGCGUUGUGGAAUGAAGAGGUGUACCAGAACAGAGAGAGGUGGAAAGCUCAGGCCGCUAAAGAGGCGGAGGAGAGAGCUAAAAGGGAGGCGGAGGAGCAAGCCCAACAGGAAGAGGCCAUGGAGCCCCAGGAGGCCCACACGGAACCAGAGCGGCCUGAACCGAAGGCCGACCAUCUGCAGGUGGAGGAGGGGGAGGAGCCUGAUUCUGCGGAGGUUGGAGCACCAGAUGGUGACAUGGAGGAAACGGAGCAGACAGCGCCGCCGGACAGCACCACAAACAAGAACCCUCCGCUGCAGAACGGAGAGUUGUCUGAGGAUUCUGUUUCGCCGAAGGGUGAAGAAAGACAGAACAAAGAAGAUGAUGUGGUGGCGAUGGAAUGAGGGAACUGACCCCAACUGGCUUUUACUUGUAUGCGAGGGCUCCAACUCCGGAGGAAAGGCCACUAGUUGGACUGUGUCGCCCCCUGCAGGACGCCAAGAAACUGACACCUUCACUUCCUGUUUGUUUGUCUCUCCGAUUAACAGUUUUUACUUUUCCUGUGUUGAUGCUCCCAGGCUAUUGUAUGCAGAGCUCGCAGCUCAAGCCACAUGCAUUAUACCCCCCUUCCUGCUUCGCGGUGAAUGCAAUACAGAAGAAGAUUUAACUUAUGAUGCCAUUUGGGGUUGAAAAUGCUGCUUUUGUAGCUUUAGUUUGCCAAUUGUUUACUUUGCUCCUAUUGUGUGUUUUCACUCAGACCACAGACAUGUAACCGUUCUUUUCAAGUCCCACCUUUCACUGCUGUGCAUUGCUUCUCUGUGGACACUCAACACAAGCAACAAAAAAAACAAGGUUGCUUAGAGAGACGUCUUUUGCAUCAGUCAUUUAUUUUCUGUACUCACUGAAGAAUACAUUGUUAGAAAGGCAGACCAGAUCUACAUGAAUAGUGAUAUCUACAGCUGCUACACAGUAUGUACAUGGAGUAUGUGUGCUGUUCAAUUGACAGGUUUACAGCACUAAUAUUUUACUAGAAAGAACUCCCUGAACGUAUCUCUGUGUAGACGAUUGUACUUUCGCCCGGGCUGCAGCAGCUCGGGUUUGGAGUUCCUCAUGUUUGCUGAGGCUUCUGCAAGAAACCCGUAACAUGUUUACUUUACCAGUGCUUUCCUCAGACAUUCUGAUGCGAUUGUGUUCUUUGCAGCCAGGUUUGUAUUGUUUUUGUGUGUUUCUGGCCUCUUUGCUGUAUAUAUUGAAAGCUUGUAUGUGUACGGAUCUGAAGAGUAGAAAUCCUUCAAUCCCACAAUCCAUCGCCAGAUGUUUUCUUUUCGGGUAUAAUGUAAGAUUGUGUAGUGAAAAAUGUCCAAAAAUUAGAAUGCAACUAUUGCAUCUCAAACAUAUCACACAUUCAAGUUUUUGUAAUAAGUAAAACAUUUUUCUUUACUUUCUUUUUGUAACAAUCUUCUAUUUGUUUUGCAUUGGUUGUGAAUCAAGCACUAGGUGUGUCUAAUGUCCUCACACUGUUUGGCAUUUCUUCGUCAAAAGACUUCUUCUUGAUGCCUUCUUAUAUGUAUUUAAUCCGUAGCAGAAAUGACAAGAUUGUUCCUGAAUUAGAGAAAAGGCUGUGUUUUAUUUUGCAUCACCGUUAUGUUGUUGGUGCAAUGGUUUAAAACGACGUGUUUACAGCGUGCUCGUACACUUAUCAGCCAGUUGAAUCCGUCAUGCUUCUGUGAUGCAUCCGCGGCUAUGAGUCCAAACUGUAUCUGCUUCUUGUCUGUAUGCCGGGUUUUUAAGGCCUGUAAUGUUGCGAAUAGGAGAUGCAGAUAUUGCUUACUGUGCAUAUGUAACAUAUUGAACCUCUGCAAUGCUGGUUCAGCUUUAACUAUACAGAAAAAAAGCAUUUUGGCAGUAUUCACAUAAGAAUGGAUAUGUUUUCCCUGACAUUUUGCACAUUUAUUUUGUGUGUCCUUAUGUUUUACAUUCUUUCGAUACAAAAUUCCCAACAUUUAUUGUGCCAACAUCAGGUUAUUGGUAUAUUCCAUUAUACUGUAAAAAUGUGUACUAGUACAUAUACUAAAAGAUACAUUAUAAAUAGGGUUAAAGAGAGGGAAUAAUCCAGCUUGUAAACAUUUAUAUACAACUAUAGGAAUAAUUUUGUAGCCUCUUUGUUUUAAUACACUCGACUCAUUUUUAUAUUAUUGCAGGUAGAGGAUCUAUAAAGCAGUUUAUCACGUGAUCUAACCACAUGCAUCUUUAUACUUAAAAAAUACAGUCGGUGGUUAGCAAGACAGCUGACUGAAUGUGUGCCUCUUUAAAUGUACUUUCUAUUUCACACAUUUCACCUGGAGGAACUGUGUCAUUCAAUUUGUGCGGAUCUACGUACAGGCAAACAUUCAGUUCUUCCUACUUAAUUUUAGAAAAAAUGUUGGAAAGUUUGUAAAGUCAGAAGUUUGAUGUUGCAGAAGUAGUAUUUAGGUGGUAGAUUUUUGCUUGUUUUCAUUUAGAAAAAUCAAUUUUAUCGCUGUGUAGCUUUUUCUGUUUUAGCGGCCUGUUUGCUGGAUUGUUCAAAAGUCUUAUAUACAUAUAAUGUCAUUUUUAUUUUGUCAUUUUGUCUCUCCUCGCUGGUUCAUCUGUCCCUGUGUGUGUCUGUUCAAUAUGUUUUAUUCACCCAGCUCUGAAGUCAGAAAAAAAAAUCCAAGUGGCUCCAAACUGUAAAUUCAAAGUGUAACAAUCAUAUAACGAUCAGAUAGAGAGAACAAAUACAAAACUCAUCCUGUGCCCAAAAUUGCCUGCCUGAUACUUGGUAAAGCAGGAUAUAUUUUCUUCACCAAGCGACCAACACAUGUACAGUCUUGUAGUUUGCUCUAUAUUUCACCAGCUACUGUUUUAGCCUCUACUGUAUGAAUAUUUAAAAAAUAAUUAUACCAACCAUAAUCAGAAAAAUAGCUGUGUUUAUGACAUGGUCAGACAACAUGAUGUUUUGUUAUUGUUACUACAGAGCAGAUUAAUGUUGUUUGUUUGAUGCUUUGUUUCCUUGUUUAGUGUGAAUCACUCGGAUCUCAAACUGUCCCAGUGACCGAGGUUAGAUGGAUGUAAAGUGUGUGUGAGAAACUGCCGGAAAAUACUUAAUGUGCAUUUUUUUUGAUCUCCUCACUGUGACCUGCUCUAUCGAUGAGAGUGUGAUGAGACGAGUGUGUGUGUCUGUGUGUGUGUGUGUGUGUGUGUGUGUGUGUCUAAGGGAGUGAGAAAUAAACAAAAAGUUAUACAGUGGAGCGUUUGAAGCUGUUAAACACUUAAGUAAAAUAAAUAAUCAUCAUUAAAGGAGUAAAUUUCAAAAGAGUAUUUCCUACUUUAAAAGGCAAGUUCUCACAUGUUUUAUACACCACGUUAAGCAGAUACGACUCAAUAUCUUUACAGAUAUUCAGUAUACACAAGGACUCAUUAUAAAAGUCAAGUUCUAAACGGUAGUCAAACAGCUAACAAAAGAAAAACGCCUUAGAUUGAAGCUCCAUUAAAACGGAUGACAACGAGUGUGUAUGGUUGUGUGUGUGCGUGCGUGCGUGUGUGAGUGCGUGUGUGUGUGCAUGCAUGUGUGCGUCACUGUCCCAGUGCCGGCCAGGCGGCCGCGUGUGCCACCGUGCUCUGUGACUGCACAGCCGUAUCAAUAAAUCUGGACUCAAAGGGCUCAGA